AUGUCGUGGGCCAGAGGGCUCUUUGUAGGCAGAGUGGAUGAGCGAAAGACAGCAUGGGGAGAGCGCAAUGGCAAAAAGAGGAAGGACAGCUCAUCACUGUGCAACCCACACUACAUGAGCUGCCUGAGGGACCAUGAGGACCUGGAGCUCCCAAAUGUGGCGCCCCAGCAUUACCAUUGUGGAGCAGGCACCAGUGGGGGCAACUUUGGCUUGCGCUGUGGCUGGCAGGAGGACCACUAUGGGAAGAGGACAGGCGGCGGUGAUCUGGGUCUAAAGGCUGUGGACCUGGGCUUUGAAGAUGGCGAGCUGAAGGGCAGGAAAGAGGAGGAAUUAGGGGAAUUAGCAGAGGGUGGCUGCAAAGCGAUGACUGCAAGAGACUGCUGGAUGCGGGUUAUGUGGGUUUUCCAAUCUAAGAAAUUUCAGUCCGCCAAGCUGGAGCGUCUGUACCAGCGCUACUUCUUCAGGCUCAACCAGAGCUCUCUGACCAUGCUGAUGGGGGUGCUGGUUGUGGUGUGUGGGGUCAUGAUGGCCUUCCACUGCAUCAACACGACCCCUCAUGUGGCCUAUGUCUCAGUACUGUCUGUGGCCAUGGCUCUCUUUCUGGCCAUGAUGGUGGUGUGCAACCGCAAUGGCUUCCACCAAGACUACAUGUGGAUUGUGAGCUACCUGGUGAUUGGGGUGCUGAUUGUAGUGCAGGUUUUUGGGGUGCUGAUGGUGUAUCCCCCCAGUGCCUCAGAGGGCAUCUGGUGGACGGUCUUCUUCAUCUACAUUAUCUACACGCUGCUGCCGGUCAGAAUGAGAGCUGCUGUGGUUAGUGGAGCUGUGCUGUCCACUAUACACCUAGUGACUGCCUGGCAGCUCAACCAAGAAUACAAGUUCAUUUUCAAACAGAUGAGUGCCAAUGUGCUGAUCUUUCUGUGCACUAACAUGAUUGGGAUCUGUACCCACUACCCUGCUGAGGUUUCCCAGCGACAAGCCUUCCAGGAAACCAGAGGAUACAUCCAGGCCAGACUGUACCUGCAGAGGGAAAACCAGCAGCAGGAGCGCCUACUUCUGUCAGUGCUGCCAAGGCACGUUGCCAUGGAGAUGAAGGCAGAUAUCAAUGCCAAGAAGGAAAAUAUGAUGUUCCACAAGAUCUACAUUCAAAAACACGACAAUGUUAGCAUACUGUUUGCAGACAUUGAAGGCUUCACCAGCCUGGCGUCUCAGUGCACGGCCCAGGAACUGGUCAUGACGCUGAACGAGCUGUUUGCUCGAUUUGACAAGCUGGCCUGGGAGAACCACUGCUUGCGUAUUAAAAUCCUAGGGGACUGUUACUACUGUGUGUCAGGACUGCCUGAGCCCCGGGCUGACCAUGCCCACUGCUGUGUGGAGAUGGGAGUAGACAUGAUUGAGGCCAUCUCGCUGGUGAGAGAGGUGACAGGCGUUAAUGUGAACAUGCGGGUGGGCAUCCACAGCGGGCGGGUUCACUGUGGGGUGCUGGGCCUGCGCAAGUGGCAGUUUGACGUCUGGUCCAACGACGUGACGCUUGCCAACCAAAUGGAGGCCGGGGGGAAGGCUGGGCGUAUUCACAUCACCAAAGCCACACUACAGUAUCUGAACGGGGACUACGAGGUGGAGCCAGGAUUUGGAGGAGAGAGGAACGCUUACGUGAAGGAGAACGACAUUGAAACGUUCUUGGUGCUGGGCUGCAGCCAGAAGAGGAAAGAGGAGAAAGCCAUGAUGGCUAAGAUGCAGCGAGCACGUGCAAAUUCUGUGGAGGGAUUGAUGCCACGCUGGGUGCCUGACAGAUCCUUCUCCAGAACCAAGGAGUCCAAAGUUUUCAGGCAGAUGGGCAUUGAUGAAGCAUCCAGCAAAGACAACCGCUGCGCUCAGGAGGCACUGAACCCUGAGGAUGAGGUGGAUGAGUUCCUUGGACGGGCCAUCGAUGCACGCAGCAUCGACCAGCUGAGGAAAGAUCACGUCAAGAAGUUCCUACUCACCUUUCAGACUGUCGAACUCGAGAAAAAGUACUCUAAAAAGGUCGAUGAUCGUUUUGGGGGAUAUGUGGCCUGCACACUCCUUGUUUUCUGUUGCAUCUGUUUCAUUCAGAUUAUCAUUUUUCCAAAAACAACACUUAUGCUCGGUCUUUACAUCAGCAUCUUUGUCAUCCUUAUCAACAUCCUCUUUAUCUGCGCCAUAUACUCCUGCAUCAAACUCUUCCCAGCUGCCUUGCAGACUGUAACCAAGAAAAUAGUCCAGUCCCGUGCGAACAGCACACUGGUGGGCGUCUUCACCAUCCUCCUCCUCUUCAUUUCCUCCUUUGCUAACAUGUUUACCUGCAGCAGAGAGAAACUGCAGGAGUGUGUGUCCAACGAGCUGAACACAUCAGUGACUCUCUGCCUGCUGCACAACCUGACCAAGACAGCAGAGGAUGGUUUGACUCUGUGUUCCAGCCAGGCCAUGCCCUGCCAUUUCCCAGAGUAUUUUAGCUACAGUGUACUGCUGACCCUGCUGGCCUGCUCUGUGUUCCUCCACAUCAGCAGCAUAGGGAAGCUGGCUCUGAUGCUGCUCAUCCAGCUCACCUUCCUCCUGCUGGUUGAGUGGCCUCAGGUGGCCCUGUUUGACAACGCAGACCUGCUGGUCAUUGCCAACGCCAUGCAAUUAUCACCUAUUAAUGAUUCUCUACAACAGCCUGGUUUCAAUGAAACUGCAGAACAGUGCCUGGAGAGCGUGACUAAGGUAUCCUUAAAGGUCAUGACCCCUGUAAUCCUGACGGUGUUUGUUCUGGCUCUCUACUUGCACGGCCAGCAGGUUGAGUCCACCGCACGUCUAGACUUCCUCUGGAAGUUGCAGGCCACAGAAGAGAAGGAGGAGAUGGAGGAGCUGCAGGCAUACAACCGACGCCUGCUCCACAACAUCCUGCCCAAGGACGUAGCCGCCCACUUUCUUGCACGGGAGCGUCGAAAUGACGAGUUGUACUACCAGUCAUGUGAGUGCGUUGCUGUCAUGUUUGCCUCCAUCAGCAACUUCUCUGAGUUUUACGUGGAGCUGGAGGCUAACAACGAAGGGGUGGAGUGUCUCAGGCUGCUCAACGAGAUCAUCGCCGAUUUUGACGAGAUCAUCAGUGAAGAGAAGUUCCGUCAGCUGGAGAAAAUCAAGACCAUCGGCUCCACCUACAUGGCAGCCUCUGGCCUCAAUGACUCCACCUACGACAAAGAGGGCCGUUCACACAUCCUGGCUCUGGCUGACUACGCCAUGAGGUUAAGGGAGCAGAUGAAAUACAUCAAUGAGCACUCCUUCAACAAUUUCCAGAUGAAGAUAGGGUUGAACAUGGGACCAGUGGUAGCAGGGGUGAUUGGAGCCAGGAAACCCCAGUAUGAUAUCUGGGGGAACACAGUCAAUGUGGCCAGCCGGAUGGACAGUACAGGAGUACCAGACUGCAUCCAGGUGACCACAGACUUAUACCACGUGCUGGUCAACAAUGGAUACCAGCUGGACUGUCGAGGUGUUGUCAAGGUGAAGGGAAAGGGGGAGAUGACCACUUACUUCCUCACCAGCGGUCCCCAGGGCAGUUAACGACAGGCAGGCCGACCACAACUUCACUCCCACUGCACUGACAAGACUGAGACUGCAGAGAGACAGAGUGGUCAGCUUGGCGAUGAGCACCGAAGCACAGUGCGAACACACUGGGGACAGAAGACAGCCAACAGAGACGAGCACAGCCUGUCUUGUAUGUUGUCACGUACUCAGAUGCAAACAUGUAGGGCGUUCAUGUUUGAAGGCUUUUUCCCAAGCUGCUCAAGAGAUCACUAAGCCCAUUUGCCUUAGGACGAAAGUGGCUACGCUUGUGUUUAUGAGCAAUAGUACAAGUAUUUCAUCUGGAGUCAUUAUUUAUUUUCGUGCGGAUGGAUUUUUGUGAUGACCUUGUAAAAAAAAGAAUAUAUAUAAAAACUAAACUAUGUUACUUAAAAAGGAAAUAUGCAAGGACAACAUUAAGGAUGAAAAUGACCAAAGAACAAAUGUUUGA